AUGGUCGCCGCGGAACCAAUCCCGAUCCCAAAGGCCGUUGAGUCUCGGGCGGUCGAGGCUCUAAUCGCUCGAAAGCCAUCGUUCGACGAGUAUCUGAAAUGGCUCGAGGAUCAGGGUCAGAAAACCCCAGCAAUUCCUCCGACUCGCAGCAACCUGGCGGUCGACCAAGGAGCAGAGGCAGCGAACGUCACGGCGGCGACUGCAGGGCCGAGUGCCUCAACGGUGGAGGCGGCUGUGUGGAGAGUGGUGGAAGAGGCCGGCGGGGUGGACGAAGAGAUCCUCGCCAGCAUCGUGAUGCCGGACCGGGAAAUCGAGGUCAUGCGGGAAAAACUACAAGCAGCAGCUCCCACUGUGGGAGCGCAACAGGGUACUCUCGCCGCAUCGACUGCUCCUGCGGAGGACCAUAUCGCGGCUGGCGCCAAAUCCCCCCCGGCCACAACCGGUGAGGUCGGCGACGGGAAGCAGAAGCGCAAGGGCAAGGACAAGGCGAAGGGCGGCCCGACGAAGGCCGGCUCUUCCAAGGGGAUGUCCAAAGCGGCCGCGCAGGGUCAGAAGGGUUCAGGCGUCCGCGUUGACGCUUCAACGGGGCUGGCCACGUCGGAGAUGAAGUUUGGGAAGAAGAGCCGUUUCAUCUGCCGGUCAAUGGACAAGUCCGAGGCCGCCUACUGCAUCGCUGUCGCCGUUUCAUCGUUCGACGGCUUCGUCAGCGACGUCAUUCUUGACGAGUUCGGUGGGGUCAACGAGGAUGUGAUGGCGCAGUAUAAGGCGGACUGGAAUGUGGCGCGAUUGAUUCCGGGGGGCAUGUGGACGGUCAUGUGGAGCCGAGGGGCGAACGUCUUCCGCGACAGGAUAACCGACGCCAAUCGCGCAGCUCUCAUGUUGGCUCUUCGCCCGGCGGUGUGGUUCGGCGACCUUCUGGAGUCGACCGAGCCCGAGAAGGCCGCGAAGAACAAAGUGGCGAGCGACAUGAUCGCACGUGUUUCGAUGUGUGCCGCCUUCGCACCUGUGGCUGCGAAAGUGACGCCCAUUCCGAGCAUCGGGUCGGAGCGGUUGUCCGAGAUCCUCGCUGGUACUGCAUGCGCGGUGUGGUGUUUUUUGGAGACCAAUGCCACGGCGGAAGUAGCGGCCGGCGAAGGGGGGGCGGCAGCGACGGUGCGCGGAGCGUCCAAAGAGUUCGCGAAGAGAUGUAAGAGCGUCAUCGAGGUGGUGAUUCAACGGGCGUCGUCCCGGAAGGUCGGCGUAGAAGAGGUCGCCGACACGGUGACGAAGGACCUACAUGGCGCUGUGCUGAGGUCGCCGCCUGAGGACGGCGACGAGCGCGAACACGACGAUCUGAUCGCCCGUGUCAUGAUCGAGAACCUCGCCUUCUGGGGGGACUGCUGUGUCGGCGGCCCCAAACUCAAAGCGCGCGGCGUCAAUUUGCCUCUUGACGCUGUGAAGAAUGAGGAAUGA